ACCAAAAGGUAAUUUUAUAGGUCGUGUGCUUAGGAUCCAUGAUAUAACUGGAGCACCUUUCCGGCAGAAGGUCUGGGAGGGGACCGAGAGCUCAGAGGUGGCCUCCAAUCCCUUCCAAGCCCGGGAAAUUCAAACCCCUGAGCCGCUACGCCCGCGUUCUCGGCCAAUCAGGGAAGGAGGAUUUCCCUAUAAAUUCUCUGCUCGCAGGUCCUCUCCCCCGCUUUGCAUUCGUCCUGCAGGACCGAGCUGCUGUCUCGCUGCUUGAGCCAUGGCGCGGACCAAGCAGACUGCCCGCAAGUCCACCGGAGGAAAAGCCCCUCGCAAGCAGCUGGCCACUAAGGCUGCCCGGAAAAGCGCCCCGGCCACGGGUGGGGUGAAGAAGCCCCAUCGCUAUCGGCCGGGCACCGUCGCCCUGCGGGAGAUCCGCCGCUAUCAGAAAUCGACAGAGCUCCUGAUCCGCAAACUGCCUUUUCAGCGCCUGGUAAGAGAAAUCGCCCAGGACUUCAAGACGGACCUGCGCUUCCAGAGCUCUGCCGUCAUGGCCUUGCAGGAGGCUAGCGAGGCUUACCUGGUGGGUCUCUUCGAAGAUACCAACCUGUGUGCUAUCCACGCCAAAAGGGUCACCAUUAUGCCGAAAGACAUUCAGCUGGCACGUCGUAUCCGUGGCGAGAGGGCUUAUGAUCAUGUGCAUGUUCACUCGGAGGUCCUGCUGAGACUUCUGGAGGACGGCUUGGAUGUUGGGCAGGACGCCGCCCUGGGCGAUGGUGACUUUGCCGAGCAGCUUGUUGAGCUCCUCGUCGUUGCGGAUGGCCAGCUGCAGGUGGCGGGGGAUGAUGCGGGUCUUCUUGUUGUCGCGAGCGGCGUUGCCGGCCAGCUCGAGGAUCUCGGCCGUCAGGUACUCGAGCACGGCCGCCAAGUAGACGGGCGCGCCGGCGCCCACCCGCUCGGCGUAGUUGCCCUUGCGCAGCAGGCGGUGCACGCGGCCCACGGGGAACUGCAGGCCGGCCCGCGAAGAGCCUCUAAGAUGUCGGGUCGCGGCAAAGGCGGGAAGGGGCUCGGGAAAGGGGGCGCCAAGCGCCACCGCAAGGUGCUGCGCGAUAACAUCCAGGGCAUCACGAAGCCUGCGAUUCGCCGCUUGGCUCGCCGUGGAGGAGUCAAGCGCAUCUCUGGGCUGAUCUACGAGGAGACCCGGGGCGUGCUGAAGGUUUUCCUGGAAAAUGUCAUCCGCGAUGCCGUGACUUACACGGAGCACGCCAAGAGGAAGACCGUGACUGCCAUGGAUGUGGUCUAUGCCUUGAAGCGCCAGGGCCGCACUCUGUACGGUUUCGGCGGCUGAAAUUAGGCGAUGCCGCAGUAGCAUUAGCAGUUACCAAAAAAAUACUCAAAAGGCCCUUUUAAGGGCCAUCCACGUUUUCAACAAAGAGUUGUAUUGCUGUUACAAAGUAGCCUUGUGUACCAA